AUGGCGGGCGACGACAGCGACCAGGAUGGGCUCGAUUUUUCCAAUCUUAACGAUGAGGACUGGAGGGAACAAGAAGCUCGCGAUGACGAAGCCAUUCAGAAACUCUACGGCGGCCCCGGCGAUGGUUUCAACGACCUGCUCGGCAGACUCUCAGCUGGUGCUGCCUUCGAUCAGUCUGGCAAGGCCGACGAUGCCAUCGAUUACGAGGAUAUUGAUUUGAGCGAUGAGGAUGACUUGCCCGACGAAGAGCCUCAUCCAAGCGGCACCAGCGGCGACGGCCCGGGCUUGACAGACGACAACGAUACCGAUGAUCUUUUCGGCGAAAAUAUUCCUUCGUCACCUCUCGGUGGAGAUGACGAUGAUCUUUUUGGUUUUGGUGACGAUGAUCGCAUGCAUGUCGACGAGCCUCAGCAUGAGUCGCUUGAAGACCUGAUCGCCCUGAACUUCGACCACGGGCCAAAACCCAGCGAUGCCAACCAGGAUCCAAACAUCCCACCUCCUGCCGAGAGCCUCGUUGAGGCCGUGAAGCAGGCUUAUCCAGCCUUCAAGGAGAAUGGCAUUCUUUACUGGAACGAGCUUUUCCGCCCAAAACAAGCUACGUGGAUCUCCAGGAAGGCCCUCAAGCCGCCUAAACCCCUCGUGCCAACAAAGCUCAGCGUGGAGCUCGAUGCGGACCAAGAGAAGCUCUUUCGCAUCCCCGGCCCUGCCUCGUUGACUGUCUACCAAAGGAUUAAAGAAGCUGAAGCACGAGGCCUCGUUUCGCUCGAAGAGCCUGAGCCACUUGAGCAGGCAGACCUCGAAAUCUUUAACCUGGACGGCGAAUCCGACUCGGAGACCGUAGGAGGGUACACUCUUCGAGAUAUUGCCUUAGUUUGCGAUGACUGGGAUGGAAUGAUCCGCCUUGCGGACCGCCUUGGCGACGCUUCCGGGGUCCGGUCUGAUGAUAGAGCCACCAAUGCCACCGACAACAAGCUCAUUAAGACUGAGCUUGAUGGGGAUGACGAAGAUUGGGACAGAAUGUUUCUCGACGAACCCCCUCCCAAGAAGCGACGGCUUGAGGCACCCAAGGGCCUUCCCGCCGUUCCACGUUUUAGAGCGCCCAACUUUGACAACUUUGAAGAGGCCACGUCUAAGCUUGGGAAGCGUGUUAUUCUCGACAUGAAUGACCCCUAUCUCCUUAUCGAUGAUGUUGAAUCGGAACGUGUCAGCAAGAGACGCAAGAUCCAGCACAAGACGGUACGAAUGGCAAAUGGCCAGCUCGGCCGCGAGUUGUCACAGCGGUUCAACUUUUCUUCAGACACCGCCUACGACGCUCUGAAGGAGAACAGCCAGAGCAAGGUCCGGGCUACAUUGGCCUCGAUUCCGGUUGAGCACAGCAUGACAGCGCAGAGGCUCUCGUGGCCCUAUUAUCGCGUGAAGCUUGCCGCUAGCGACCCUCACAGCUACCAUCGACCCCAGUUCCACCCGCGGAAGGAUGCCUUCCACCCGGUCAAGUUCAAAGCGCCCAGUGUGAAGAAGAGGAAGCAAUUCAAGGGCAAAAGGGUCCCGGAGAUCUUCCAAACCUCCUCGGAUCUCACCAUGAAUGACAAUUCCAGCGCCAUCUUGUUCGAGUACUGCGAGGAGAUCCCAAUCGUCCUGUCGAAUUUCGGCAUGGGUCAGAAGAUCAUCAACUACUAUCGACGCUCUAAAGGGACCGACUCGAGACCUGAGAAACGAGAGCUCGGUGAGCCUUACAUUCUGAUGCCGGAGGAUCGUUCUCCGUUCGCUAUGGUUGGCGAGGUUCAUCCCGGCGAGACCGUACCCACCCUACAUAACCAGAUGUUCCGGGCGCCCAUCUUCAAGCACUCACCGAGGAGUACGGACUUCCUCCUCGGCCGCAGCACCACAGGGAAAUCAGGCUCAUCCUGGUAUCUUCGGAAUAUAGACCACCUCUUUGUGGUCGGGCAGAUUCUACCAUCAAUGGAGGUGCCUGGGCCGCACUCUCGGCGUGUGACAAACAUCGCCAAGAACCGCCUCAAGAUGGUGUCUUAUCGCCUGCUGCGCCGCAGCGACAACGUCACCUUGAGCGACAUCACGAAGCAUGUCGCCGAAUCCAACGAGUCGCAGAAUCGCCAGAAGCUCAAAGAAUUCCUCGUGUUUCGCAAGGACCAGCGAAACUGGACGCUCCCAGAAGGAGAGGAGCCCAUGAGCGAGGCUGACAUCCGGUCGCUCGUCCGGCCAGAGGAGGUUUGCCUUUUGGACGCAAUGCAAGUCGGGGCUCAUGAGCUUGAAAACGGCGGAUACGAGGUCAAUGACGCUCUGCUCAAGGACGAUGAGAUGGAGGCAGGCGAUGAGCUUCCACCAGAUGCCCUUGCCAACAAAAUGGCGCCUUGGAGGCUUACCAAAGCUUUCAUUGACGCGAGCCAUGGCAAAGCCAUGAUUGCUGUCCACGGACCUGGUGAUCCAACGGGCAAAGGUCUUGGCGUCAGCUAUCUCAGGACGUCGAUGAAAGGCGGUUUCCUGGAGCAGCUACAUGGCCCUCUUGCAACGUCCGCCGAUGCCAUUGAGCGGCAGCGAAAGGCCAACGGCGGUCACAUGUACAACGUCAAGAACCAGGAUACCCUCUAUACUGAAUCUCUCAAAGAUAUAUGGGCCCGCCAACGGCAAAGCUUGGAGGACACUCAGGAGCAUGACGACGACGACAUUCUUGCCCAGGAGGACGAAGACGACCGGUUCAACGUGCAGAGCCAACCCGCCCAAGCCGCUACCCAGCCAGACGGAGUGAGCCAAGUCAGCCAGAGCCAGGCUAGUGGCCUGAACUCCAGGAAAUUGAAGAUCAUCCGAGAGGUCAGGGGUGAAAACGGCGAGAUUCAGACUGUUACCGAGAUUGUGCACGACCCGAUCGUAAUUGCGCAGUACAGCAAGAGGCGGCGCCAGAUCGAGUUUGACAACAUUGAUAUCUACAAUGCCAAGCUCACCGGUGAUCGGGAGAGGGAUGAGAUAAUUCUUUUGAAAGCGAGUAAAGAGCAGGAGCGCCUAGAAAAGAACAAGGAGCGGCGCAAGAAGCGGGAGAAACAAAAGAAACUCCAGCAAAAGAUCAAGGAAGGCGGCGGCGCCGGCGAUGAGGGCUCGCCGGAGCCAUCGACCGAGAAAGUGACAGGCACGACCCGAAAAUGCGCAAAUUGUGGUCAGGUUGGGCAUAUCAAGACCAACAAGAAGUACGUAUGCUUUUGCAUUCAAGAUUCACAUGAAGCCUCGGAGAUCGACAUGCCCAGACAAUCUGGUUCUAGCAAGCCUCGAAAGUCAGGCAAGCGUAGUUCAUGGAGACCUACCCAGGAACCGCGCGUUGAGGGGGACAAAUUCUGUGACCCACGCUGCUGGGAGUCAAGCGCCUUUGAGCCUCAGAUGGGAACCGACUCGAUUUCCAAGGGUAACCAGACACUGGUCUAG